AUGGCAGUGUGUGCACUGACCAUGUUGGAUGGAAUGGAGGAUGAGGUCAUGGCGACGGGGGGCCUGCUGCUCCUGGCCCUCGCCCUCAUCUUAGCCUGGCUGUCGACGCACGUGGCCGACCGGGGAGACCACAUCCUGGGCACCAUCCUCACCGUGGGCGCGCACGCCUCCCUGAUAGGGCUGGGGGGCCACGACAGCUACAGCGGGGGGCCGAGUAGCAGCGACGCCCCCGAGCAGCAGGCGCCUUCGCCCUCGCCGGAGAACAAGCCGGACGACGGCGAGCCGGCCGCCGAGCGGGAGGGCGAGGGGGCGGGAGAGGGAGCCGAGGGGGUGUGGACAGACCUGCUGCUGGACAUACAGGGCAAACAGCCCCAGGCGGGACGCCCGCACGCUUCCGACGGAGAGGAGGAAGAGGCUGAUGAGGAGAACGAUGACGAUGACGAUUAUGCGGUGGAGGAUUCAAAGGUGGUGGAUGAGAAGGCUGUCCUCCUCAAACCAGUUCUAACCGCCACAGCGAGCGCCACCUCCAUUAGCGUCCGUCUGAAGUUUCUGAAUGACACGGAGGAGGUGGCUGUGGUAGAACAACACGAUACCGUGGGAGGACUGAAAAGCAAAUGUUUUUCAGGUCGGGAGAAUCAAAUUAAGUUAAUCUACCAGGGCCAGCUGCUGCAGGAUCCGAAGAAGACUCUGCUGUCCCUCAACAUCACCGACAACAGCGUGAUCCACUGCCACGUGUCCCCGGCCCUGCAGGAGGCCGGCCCGGAGGAGGGGGCCCCGCCUGGGGCCGAGGGCCGGGCCGGGGUCUCCGGAGGAUUCAGGGCGGCCGGCGUGGCCAUCAGCACCAGCAGCCUGGUGGUGCCCGUGUUCGUGGUCAUCCUGGCUGUGGUGUGGUACUUCCGCAUCAACUACAGGCAGUUCUUCACCGCCCCCGCGACCAUCUCCCUGGUGGGAGUCACUGUGUUCUUCAGCUUUCUGAUAUUCGGGAUGCACAGCCGCUGA